GGAAUGCGUCGGAACCGGAAGUGGUGGUGACGUCACGGUCGCUCUCGUAUUUCCAGCGCAGGACAACAAUUGACUGACUGACUGAGGAGAUUGAAAACUUUGACAAACUCUCCCAAAAAACCGCUUUAAAGUUUAGUAAAGUUUCCCUCCGUGAUGCGAGGGCGUGUUUAAAGCAGACUGGCCGUGUGGCAGAUGUGGACCGGCUGUUAGUGGUGGAUGGAGUCGGGGUUCGGUGUCCAGCGGAGGGCCGGCGGUGGCUCGCCCGCUGUGGGAGCGUCGCAGCGCCGCAGGAAGAUGCCGCCGAGAGCCGCUGAUUAUAAACUGCAGGUGAUCAUCAUCGGCUCCCGUGGAGUGGGAAAGACCAGCCUGAUGGAGAGAUUCACGGAUGACACCUUCUGCGAGGCGUGCAAGUCCACUGUGGGUGUGGAUUUUAAAAUCAAAACGGUGGAGCUGAGAGGAAAGAAGAUCAGGUUACAGAUCUGGGACACAGCAGGUCAGGAGAGGUUUAACAGCAUCACUUCAGCGUAUUACCGCGGCGCGAAAGGCAUCGUACUGGUCUACGACAUCACCAAGCAGGAAACCUUUGACGACCUGCCAAAAUGGAUGAAGAUGAUAGACAAGUACGCAUCAGAGGAUGCUGAGCUCCUAUUGGUUGGGAACAAACUGGACUGUGAGUCUGAUCGUGCCAUCUCACGACAACAAGCAGAGAGGUUUGCUUCACGGAUGUCAGGGAUGCGUUUCUGUGAGGCCAGUGCCAAGGACAACUUUAAUGUGGAUGAGAUAUUCCUUAAACUAGUUGAUGACAUUUUGAGUAAGAUGCCUCUUGAAGUCCCCAGUAAGGAGCUGUCCAACAGCGUCCUGUCCCUUCAGCCCGAACCCGAAAUCCCACCAGAGCUGUCUCCGUCGCGCAUGCGCUGCUGUUGACACUCGGUUCAUGCUUUAUUUAGAAACCCAACACCACCUUCCCUCUGAUAACCCAACACAUGCUGUUAAAGACUCCCGCCACCAGGGGCGAAAUGCCCAUCUCAUGAGAGUCCAGCCCAUACGGAUGAUGAGAUGAUGGCCUGUCAUUACCAGAGAAGAUGAAAGACAAACGCUCUUUACCGCAUAUAAUCAUCCUUCACAAACUGUAGACUGUGCAAUUUAACAUACUCCGUAUUUUGGUACCUCUAGAUGCCAGUAGAGAACAUCCGUAUCAUCACCCCCACACACACACACACAUAGAUGCAUUUAUUUUUGACGGCCCAUACUUACACUACCUCAUUUCUGGGAAGCACAGGAUUGCGUUUGUCCGACAUGUGCCUUCCUGAUCGGAAAACCGCUGCGCACGCAUCACAAACAUACAUGAAAUGUAUGUCAUAACCCAUCAACUUCUAUUUAUAUGUAGUUUACAUCAUCAUAUAUUCUCAGUAGAAACAAGAAACUAUUUCUAUUGGACGACGGAUACUCUACCCUUGUCUUUCAUAUCACGUCUCAAACACGCAUUUCUUAUGGAAAACGUUCCCGGUCUCAAUUUAGGAAGCUUUUUUCCAAAUUGGUUUGGCAUUAAAAGCGAAGUGGAUGUACAUUUCAAGCGUAAUUCAUUUCUGUCGGUUGUGUGUUUACGAGGUGGCGUGGUUGGGUUGUCCUUAUGCCUUACGUUCUAUCAGUGUUACUGUUUUUGAGGUGGAUUUUGUGUUAUCCGUUGUGUUUUGCAUUACAAUCCAUUCGUAGCUAGUUUACGAACAGCUGAAAUGCUGAGCGUUAGUGAAGGACCUGUGUACAGAAGAUUAACCUUAUCAUUUAGCAGCGAUUUGAGUUUUGUUGCUUCAUAGUCCUCUUUCGGUGUCACUUAACUUGAGUAGAAUAAAGGAAGGUCAAUAAUUGAGUUCAUUGUUUUAUUCUCUAGAUCUGGAUUGCAGAACUGAAAUGCUCUCAACGAAAGGGCUAUUUUUCCGUGGAGAGCAGAUUGGGAGUAAAACGGGACAUUGGUUUUGAUACUCGAACAGUUUCUAACCGUGCACUUGUUCCUAACAACACUCUUCAGUUAACAUCACUAUGCUUCUGCGUUCCUGGACAAACCACUGACUCCACUGGAUUUCAGUUGAAUUGAAUCAUUUGCCUGCAUUAGAUCAAGGACUGUAGUAAUGAUAUAGCUGUGUUAUAUAACAAAAUAUAACAUGGGAACGGCUAUUUCAGCUGAACCAGAUAUGCAGAAGCAACAGGUUUUUGUGUGAGUUUAUGGAAAUAUGAUGCUUUUUUCGUAGAAAUUGUCCAUGAAUAUAGAGGACUGACAGUGUUACUGUGCGUCUGGAACGUCAUCUACAAAAAAAAAAAAUUCUUAUUGGGUGAAUUUAAUGAAAACAUGUCAAGGUCAUAUUUGACCCCCAAAAU